AUGACUGCAGACGACACAAACACUAGUGACACAGACAACAGCGACACUGACACUAGUGACACAGACACCAGCGACACUGACACUAGGGACACAGACACCAGCGACACAGACACUAGUGACACAGACACUAGUGACACAGACACCAGCGACACAGACACCAGCGACACAGACACUAGCGACACAGACACUAGUGACACAGACACCAGCGACACUGACACUAGUGACACAGACAACAGCGACACAGACACUAGGGACACAGACACCAGCGACACAGACACCAGCGACACAGACACUAGCGACACAGACACUAGUGACACAGACACCAGCGACACUGACACUAGUGACACAGACAACAGCGACACAGACACUAGGGACACAGACACCAGUGACACAGACACUAGUGACACAGACACUAGUGACACAGACAACAGCGACACAGACACUAGGGACACAGACAACAGCGACACAGACACCAGCGACACAGACACUAGUGACACAGACACUAGUGACACAGACACCAGCGACACAGACACUAGGGACACAGACACCAGCGACACAGACACCAGCGACACAGACACUAGUGACACAGACAUCAGCGACACAGACACUAGGGACACAGACAACAGCGACACAGACACUAGUGACACAGACACCAGCGACACAGACACUAGGGACACAGACACCAGCAACACAGACACUAGUGACACAGACAUCAGCGACACAGACACUAGGGACACAGACAACAGCGACACAGACACCAGUGACACAGACAACAGCGACACAGACACUAGUGACACAGACACCAGCGACACAGACACCAGCGACACAGACACUAGUGACACAGACACCAGCUACACAGACACCAGCGACACAGACACUAGUGACACAGAUAACAGAGACACAGACAUCAGCGACACAGACACUAGUGACACCGACACCAGCGACACAGACACCAGCGACACAGACACCAGCGACACAGACACCAGCGACACAGACACCAGCGACACAAACAACAGCGACACAGACACUAGUAACACAGACACCAGCGACACAGACGACACAGACACCAGCGACACAGACAACAGCGACACAGACACCAGCGACACAGACACCAGUGACACAGACACCAGCGAGACAGACGACACAGACACCAGUGACACAGACAACAGCGACACAGACACCAGCGACACAGACACCAGCGACAAAGACACCAGCGACACAGACAACAGCGACACAGACACCAGCGACACAGACACCAGCGACACAGACACUAGGGACACAGACACCAGCGACACAGACAACAGCGACACAGACAACAGCGACACAGACACCAGCGACACAGACACCAGGGACACAGACACUAGGGACACAGACACCAGCGACACAGACACCAGCGACACAGACACUAGGGACACAGACACCAGCGACACAGACACCAGCGACACAGACACCAGCGACACAGACACCAGCGACACAGACACCAGGGACACAGACACUAGGGACACAGACACCAGCGACACAGACACUAGGGACACAGACACCAGCGACACAGACACCAGCGACACAGACACCAGCGACACAGACACCAGCGACACAAACAACAGCGACACAGACACUAGUGACACAGACACCAGCGACACAGACGACACAGACACCAGCGACACAGACAACAGCGACACAGACGACACAGACACCAGCGACACAGACACCAGUGACACAGACACCAGCGACACAGACGACACAGACACCAGCGACACAGACACCAGCGACACAGACACCAGCGACACAGACAACAGCGACACAGACACCAGCGACACAGACACCAGCGACACAGACACUAGGGACACAGACACUAGUGACACAGACACCAGCGACCCACACACCAGUGACACAGACACCAGCGACACAGAUAACAGCGACACAGACACCAGACGACACAGACACCAGCGACACAGGCACCAGCAACAUCAAGUUUACCAUACAACAUAUCUUUGUCUGUGCAGAGACUGUUCCCACUUAUAA